UAAAAUAUUUUGAAACAAACUGAAUAUUCUUCAUACAGUUAUCCAAAGUUUUUUUAUCGAUCAAUUUAGAUUUAAAUUGAAGUGUAAAUUAGCUUUUUAUUGUGAUUGGAUAAUGAUAUUAUAAUUAAUUGAUAAAUGCAAUCAUUAAUGACAGGUGUACAGUGUCGUAGAAGUAUCUCAAAAAUCACAUCAAUUAAAAAACAUGGGAAUCAGUUUAAUUUUAUUUUAGUAUCAUUCGACACAAUACAACGUCAUAUUAAAGUAAAACGUUUUCUACACGGAAACAAUAUUCAACAGUAAACUUUUGUAAAAAUGGAUAUUAUUGGAAAGAUUUUAACGUUUUUAUGUUUUGUCCACAUUGGGUCGUGUCUAGAUUGUUACACCUGUUCGAGUGGAGGAUUUGGGAGUCAGAGCAAAGAUUGUCCAAGUUCUGGGGCAGUUAACACAUACGUCCUCCGUCCUACGUCAUGCAGUGGAGUAUGUUACACCAGAAACAAUGCACAAAACAUAGGAGAGGUGAUCCACGGCUGUAGUAGCGAUGCUGAUGUCACUAUACCAGAUGUCAUGUUGUCUCCAGAUUGUUACGAGUGGUCGAGUGAGAUGUGGUGUAUUUGUAACACCUCAGGCUGCAACAGGUUUCCAUUAGGAUAUGUACCAAGUGAGGAAAGUCUCCAUUUUCACAAAGAACAUUCAUAUAAAGAGCAUCCCCGUGAGCAGCAUACAAACAAAGAACACCCGGACCAAGAACACCCAUACAAUGAACAUUUGCCAGGUGAAAUUAUAAUUGAUACCAUAAUGAUGGAUAAGACAAUAACUGAAUCAAAUGAUGCGGUCAUUGGAGUAACUGUAGAUAUGGCAACAGAGCCUGUUGCUAUGGAAACAACAACAUCGAUUUCACCAAUGAUCUCCGUUGACGAGCCAGGUGAUACUGUUACCAUGACAACACAAGAUGAUACAACAUACAUCGAUGACACGUUAAAUGGUAUCACCUCUCCAUAUACAUCUGUAACUAUCCCAACUGAUCCAGAAACCCUUCAAAAUGCACAUGUUACUAAUAUACCAGCUCCCGAAACUGAACUUCAUGUUACCACUACUAAUGUACUAACAAAUACCGGCAAACUUACACAUGUAACCUCUGUGGAUACAAAAGACACAAUUUCAAAAGUGAUGGAUGUAAUCUCAGACUAUGACGAUGUUAUAAAUGAUAUUGAACAUUUGAAAGCGAUUGAAAAAUACCUUCAAACGGAAUUCGAAAUGAAGACAGGACAGAACGAACCAACAGGUGUAACGGUUUCUGAACUACCCCCAUUCAAUGGCGAGCUCAAACAACAAUAUGCCGAGCUAUUGAGACAAGAUGACCAGUCAUUCAUACAAGAUGACCAGUCAUUCAUACAAGAUGACCAGUCAUUCAUACAAGAUGACCGGCCAUUGCCUCAAGUUGACAAACCUUUCAAUCAUGUUGACACUCUCCAAAGAGGGAGGCUCAAUGGAGAAAACAUUGUUGACGAUUUCCAUGACAACAGUAAUUCAUAUCAAUGGGAUGAAGAUGACCAGCGAUACCAACAAAGACAAAAUAACGUACAGUGGAAUUGGCAGGCGCAACCCAUUUUAGGCCAGCAAUCCAUUUAUCCAAAUAAUUUUAACUAUCAAAAUCAGAGAAGAUCCAGAUUCCGAAACAAUCGCCAUGGUAACAAUAUACCAGAAAAUACUAACUUUCAACAUCAGCAGGUUUACUCAAACACAGGGCAUUUCCGACCUUUUCAACCACAAAAGCAGGAUGUAGUUUCAAAUGGUAACCAGGUUGAUCACCAUAGCAACCAAUAUAACCAAGAUCGCCAUAGCAGCAAUGAGUUUCUCCAUGGCAACUCGAAGAAAUCUCAAACUAAAAUUACUACAACACAAAAUCCUCCAAAACGCAUUACAACAUCAAAAGUUGAAACAACCAAAAUAGAUGGUAACCCUGGUAACAAAAAGCGCAAACACAUGUUUCACAAUUACAACAUUUUGAACGGUGAAAUCUAUGCCAGGAAUCCCGCCGGAACCCAGAACGACAGGAAAAUUCAAAUCAUCUCAAUAAAAAAUAUACCAACAAUGACAAUAUUCGAAGAGAUAAUAUGACAAUGCAGAAUUCGGCUGCUGUGAACAAAAUGGGUGUCACACUCGCUUUAGUAAUUUUGACAUACGUGUUUAAUUGAUUUAAUUGUCACCUUUGUUUAAGAAUUUGAUACUCAUUCUAGGUCACAUGUGUAUAUAUUGGGAUACUGUUGUCUCUCGUGUGAAUCAAAGAACACUUUCUUUUCUCUUAGCUAUAUUUAUUCAUUCAAUGGGCAUCCGUCCAUUUUCAUCAUUACUGAAAGUAUUAAUUAAAAAAACAUAACAUAUAAGAUAUAUAU